UAAAAGGAGGCUCUCAGCAGCGUCUCCUUUCUCCGAGCGUUGGAGCUUCAACUACAGAGAAUCUUAUGGAAAUGAUGGCAUAUGUGGCGCAAAACUGCCCCAAAAAGAAAACAACAUAUUUAUGUGGGUGACGCAAGAAAAAAAAAAGACUUGUUGCUGAUGCUUCCCAUUUGAAGAAGAUCAACACUUAGAACACGCAUCCACCUAUUUUCUGAGGACGUUAUCUCUAGGUGUCUGCUAGAGACAGACGCUACCUCCGCAGCCACCGGCUCGUCACAGAGUCGCUCCGGUGCGGAGGAAAGCAGUGGAACAAAGAUCAUUCUGCUGAUCCCAGCACCUUCGGCUAAUAAGGGAAGCACCGACACCUCCUUGGACGUCUCCCUCCGCCCUUAUUUUGCCAAUCGCCACCCGGCGACUCGCUACCCGGAGGAGAAGAGUCGGGGAGGGGAAGCCGAGGACACACCCGCGCAUACUGUACGCGGUGUACACGGCAAGGAUGCUGCAGACAACAUGAGGUGAAUAUCAUCGACUGUCCCGAAUCGGAAAUUCAUUUCCCCCCCCACCUGCACUGGAGACAGAAGACCCGUUUGCCGCAGCUGAUUAUAGAUAUCUACCUCCCUGUCACCAGCGGGAGCAUCCAGCCUCACCCUGAGACGAAAAAGAUGUCUGUAGUCAGAUCCUAGGUGACAUCCUGUGGCCUUCAGGUCUUCACUCUGUUGAGUCCCUACCCUCUCCUGGCCCCCACCUGCAGUUCUCCAGGCUGCAGGACCCAGACAUCCUGAAAGGUGCAGGCCACCUCGUCCUGCAGAAUGACUGUUGCCACAGGCGACCCCUCUGACGAAGCAGCUGCACAUCCAGGGCACCCCCUGGACUACGACCCAGAGGCUGACCAUGAAUGCUGUGAGAGGGUGGUCAUUAACAUCUCAGGGCUGCGCUUUGAGACACAACUCAAAACCCUCUCUCAGUUCCCCGAAACUCUGCUGGGGGAUCCCAAAAAGAGGAUGCGCUACUUUGACCCACUAAGGAACGAGUACUUUUUUGACAGAAACAGACCGAGCUUUGAUGCUAUAUUGUAUUAUUACCAAUCAGGAGGUCGAUUGAGAAGGCCGGUCAAUGUCACUCUUGAUAUUUUUUCAGAAGAGAUUCGCUUUUAUGAGCUUGGGGAGGAGGCCAUUGAGAUGUUCAGAGAAGAUGAAGGUUUCAUCAAGGAGGAGGAACGUCCUCUUCCUGACAACGAGUUCCAAAGACAGGUGUGGCUUCUCUUUGAGUACCCAGAAAGCUCAGGUCCUGCUAGGAUUAUUGCCAUAAUUUCUGUCAUGGUCAUCCUGAUAUCUAUUGUCAGUUUCUGUUUGGAGACUCUCCCAAUAUUCCGCAAUGAUGAGGAUGAAAUGCAUAAGUCCCAUGCUCAAAUUUUUUCACCUGAGACUAACUCUACAAUAAUCAGCUACACAUCCACCUACUUCACUGACCCCUUCUUUGUUCUAGAAACUCUCUGCAUUAUAUGGUUCUCCUUUGAGUUUUUAGUGCGUUUCUUUGCCUGCCCAAGCAAAGCAGGCUUUUUUGGUAACAUAAUGAACAUUAUUGAUAUUGUUGCCAUCAUUCCUUACUUUAUCACUCUUGGCACCGAGUUGGCAGAUAGAGCAGAGGAUGGUCAGCCAGGUCAGCAAGCCAUGUCUUUAGCCAUUCUCAGGGUUAUCCGCUUGGUACGAGUCUUCAGGAUCUUCAAGUUGUCCCGUCACUCCAAGGGGCUUCAGAUUUUAGGUCAAACCCUUAAAGCCAGUAUGAGAGAGCUCGGCCUCCUCAUUUUCUUCCUCUUCAUAGGGGUCAUCCUGUUUUCCAGUGCAGUUUAUUUUGCUGAAGCAGAUGAGCCUGAGUCACAGUUUGAGAGCAUCCCGGAUGCAUUUUGGUGGGCUGUGGUGUCAAUGACAACAGUCGGCUAUGGCGAUAUGGUUCCGACUACAAUUGGAGGCAAGAUAGUGGGCUCCCUCUGUGCCAUUGCAGGUGUGCUGACCAUUGCAUUGCCAGUGCCUGUCAUUGUGUCCAACUUCAACUACUUCUAUCACCGCGAGACUGAAGGCGAAGAGCAGGCUCAGUAUCUGCAGGUUAAUGUACCCAAAGCUGAUUCAGGCGAGGAGCUAAAGAAGAGUCGGAGUGGCUCCACCAUCAGCAAAUCUGACUACAUGGAGAUUCAGGAGGCUGUGAACAACAGCAAUGAAGACUUUCAGGAGGAGAACCUUAAAACAGCCAACUGCACACUCGCCAACACAAACUAUGUAAACAUCACCAAGAUGCUCACAGAUGUGUAACCUGCAUAUGUUUCUCCCCAUCACAGUGGGAAAAAAUAAAACUGUACUGCCAGAUGGGACAGAAAUGCACCCUACUACAACAAAUGUGAUAGAAAAAUCAAGGCAAUAGAAAACAGAAUGUCAAUGACGAUUGAGUGAAAAAUAUUCCAAAUGCCAUGUCUUUCCUUUGCACCGAUCAAGUCUUCACUUUUCAUUAUGUUCCCUUUAAAACUCCUAAAACAAUUUCUGCAGUUCUAAGAUUUGAAUUUCUGCAUGGAGUUGUCUUUGUGUGAUCAGCUACUCCAAAAAAUUGACAAAACCUAAAACUGUCCUUCUCACCACUGUAGCCAACAGUUCCACACAAUGACAAGAAACUGAAAAAAAGCAAACUCCCCGCUAUUGACCGGUGUCCCUUUAGCUGUCAUUUCACAUGGCACACAGCUCUGUCGGGCUUUCUGAAGAGUCUGUUGUGUUUUACAUAUGCUACUUCUUGGAGCAAAGAAAUAAAACUGCCAUAUGCUUUAACAUUUAGAAAAAAAGGGGGAUGUGUGAGCAUUAAUCAAGCCCACUCCAAAUGGCCCGUGGAUGAUUUGCAACGAUGCUGGUGGUUAAGUACACCAUGUUAUUUGAAGGAUGUAUGAUAGCCAUCAGCUUUUAGCUUAUGGUUUGACACCCUUUCCUCUAGUAGACAUCAGUAUCUGAUGAAUGACUGACAAUGGCCUUGAAUUUUCACUGCUUUGGUCUUAUAUGUACUCUAUGUAUUGCAAUGCAAGCUUCCCCACCUCCAUUCACCCAAACUUGUCUUACUGCAGAGCUUUGAGACAUCUUGAAUGUUUCUUCCUGUUUAGUAUUUCACUGUUUCACUUUUACAGAGCUUAUCCAUAUAGAUAGGUAACUUAACUGUGACUUAGCUGAUAUCCAAUAGAUAGGUAGGAAGAAAACAUAGUCAGUAGAUUACUGCAUGAUAUUUUUAUCUCAAUGAGAAGUUCCACUUGGUUUUCAACUGCCACUUGCUUCACCUGGUCACUGUAUAUUUGUCUGUACACUGCCUUCUGUAGAAAUCCACACUUUUAAAAGGAUGCCUGCAGAUAGCUAUUAACCUAGAACUGUAAGUUUGAGAACUUUUGACUUAUUAAUAAUAAGGUCAUUUUCUACAUGUAAAAAGAUGCUUAUCAAUAUUUACAUUCCAUCCAGAAGACAUUGCCAUUUUGCCAGGUUGCUGUAAUCUGAGCUGUGGGUAGGUAAACGUAAACUCAUACCCUGCUUUUGGAUGUUGAUCUCAGCCUCAGUGAUCAAAGUUUUGCAAUUGUGUCUGUUUCACAGAUUCAUCUAAUUGUGUCCUUGUUAUCAAAAUAGCAACUUGUAGGGAAAUGUGUGUUGGAAAAAUGCUUUAACUGCCUUUUGUCUGGGUUUACGCUUUUCACCUAGUGUUGCAUGACUAAAACAUUUCUAGCAUGCAUGUAAGCGAAAACAGGAGGCCUCUAAGAGACUAAAAUAAAAUAUUGCAAUAGAUAUAUUUCUUUCUUAAAUGUAAAACAAUAUAUCUUUAUAGCCAGAUCACAUAAUACAGCAUACAUACGCUUUUAUCAGAGAUCUUAAGCCCUCAAAAAUAAGCAUGAGCUUUUCCAUCUUGGCUAUUUCUAACAAUAUUAAUCGUUCCUUUCAGAGUGCCAAAGACUCACUCUCGCUAGGCAUCUUCGUAAGUUUUCUAGUCAAAGUAGUUCUUAGGAAAAUUGACAUAUGACCUGUAUCUUAACCAUAAUUUUAGAAUGCUUUGUUUUUAAACUGCCCUCUAUAAAGUAGGUAUUUACCAGUAGGUUGAACUUUCAGCUGUAAACAAUAAGCUUACAUUUUUACCCUAAACAUUUUAUGAACAUUGGACUGAUAUAAUGUCAGUGAUGUCCCACUGUCUCCUCAGAAAACUCUGAUGCCAGAAGCUCAAUAUAUCUUUGAAAGUUGGCAUUAGACGUGAAUUAAGUUCUCAGAUUGCAUACAGCUAAAACUUUCCACAGUUCGCUCAACACUGCCAAGGUAACGAUCAAAGGCAGUAACAUUAAUAUGGAAGGUGAUAAUUAGCAGCAGUGUAGCAGACAUCGUCUGACCUACAUAUGGUCUGACUUUGCCCUUGUGUCUCUUGGCUCUGCUUUUUCUCACAGAUGUCCAAUACAGUUACAAAAGGUUGUUGCUUAAGAGAAGGUGUGUAGCAAGAAUUGUGUUGAUGAAUUUUGUGAAUGCAAGGGUUUCCUUUUAGAUAUUACAGUCUCAAUCUAGAGUGGCAAAAUAUUCCAGUGUCAUCGCUGCCAGUAUGUGCUCAGGAUGCAUCGUCCAACUGCCUGACAUGAGGCUUCCUAAGUCGUCUCUCUGUCCAAACUGUGGGUUUUUAGAAACUUUUUUACGUAAGUAAUUUCCUGGGUAGUCUAAGGUAAAUUGAGAUGUUAAAUUACUACUAUCUCAAGGUAGAAUAACUUAAGUAGCUUUUUUUUUUAGCAAUACACCCAUUCUACAUAUGUGGACCACUCUUUGUGAAAAUAUGCAUGACUGUUUAACUACUUAUUUUCAUAAAGCUCUUUCAUCCAGUUAUGAUUUUUUCUCCUGCAUACCAAUGUGGACGUGCUAAUGCACAGAGAGCAGUAAUGUACCCAUGUCACAGGGAGAGAGAAGAACCUCUGAAUGUCAGCAUCAUAGUCUGGUUCUACAGCUGCAUUUAUGCAACCGGAUAUCUUUGUCUUUGUGGAAAAACUCACAGUCUGACCAAAAAUAUUUGUCUAUGCAUGCAAAUGCAUCAUAUUUUUCUGUCUUCAUUUGUUUUGUGUUUGGCUCUUAUGAUAAAUGUUAGCAUCUUAACAUUUAUCUUUAAUGUAAUAGGUGUGUUACUGUGUUUUAGUCUAACUCACUGUAGCAACUCAUGCACUGGAGACCACAACAUGGUAACUGAACAUCCACUACUGUUUCUUCUUAAAGCACAAAUGGAGCUGACUUUAAGAAUAUAAGUUCCUACCCACAGAGGGACCCACCAGCAAAUCCCACUCCAUGAGCGGAGUGUCUGACAGUGAAUACGUUGAGAGAUCUAUGCAGAGGUUGAUUUUUAGCUGGCCGCUUUCAAGGAAAUAGAACGUUUGAGUUCAGAUUUCCUUUAAUGUUUUAUCUGCCACUAGUUUCAUGAUGGUUUAAAAAGCUGUUGAAAGAAAACCCUAUGCUUGUUAGCUAAAGAAGAAAUAUUAACUCCCUGAGUUUUGGUUUGUUUGAACUGCCAUGUCAGCCCUCUGCAGCAGGCCCCCAGAUAUCUCAACAAUAUAAGACACAAAAUGAUCAAUAUGCAAACUGUGUGCAAGUGUGUGUUUAAGAAUCAGUGUCUUUCUUUCUCUUUUACACCCAGAGCCUGAUAGUGUGGCAUCCAUUAAAACAACUUGUACAGCUAUUCACUUCACUUCUGCUCUGCUGUACAGAAGCCUAAAACAUCCGACAAUGCUGAUACAGUGGAUAAUGAUUUUUCUUUCUGUGAAAUGAAAUGUGGAACAAUAUUGUAAAUAUUCAUAAAGAAGAAUGGAGAAGAAACACAUGUACUACAUAUUGUAUGUAAUGUUUGGAUUCAAAAGUAGUAUUACCUGCACUUUACAACAAAAAGGACAAUCUAUGGACAAGAAAACAUGUAAAAUAAGAAAUGCGUAUACUUCCAAAUACUCAUAACCCUGAAAAAGUAAUAUCAAUAAUGAAGCCAAUAAUUAUUCAACUGAAA